AUGAUAAUGAAUCAAGUUGGUCUUACAAUGUUUCAGUAUGAUCGGGAUAAUGACAGAUAUAUCUCACAUUCAUACACAUUCCACCUCUGUCCCCAAGUGUUUGGUGACAUCAAUCAGUCCUUUACAUUCCAAGCAUCAGCCAUUAGAUUUCUUUGUCAGCACAAUUUUGAUUAUAAUAAGUUUACAUAUGAUGGUCUUCCCUAUAUGAGUCAAGCUGAAGAAGCUCAUGUAAAGAAACAGUUGAAGGAAAAAACACUUCUUAAUAAUUUAAUACAAAAUAUGGAAAUCAGUGAUGAGAGGAAACUUCAAAGCUACUGUUCAGAAGUUACUAAAUGGCUCGUAAAUACUACCGAUGGCACACUUUACCUGGAUAUUGACAAUCCCAUAAUGAGAUACAUAGUGCACUGUGAAUUGAGGAAUCGCUUUUCAGAAGUCCUCACAACUGAUAGCUUAGGUAAUAGUCAUAAGGUCCUGAUAUAUAGAAAUGGCGACGUAGAUGGCGCCACCAGCGCUUCUAUGGACACACUAGAGGGAAACUUAAUGAGUUACGUCCUAGGUUUCUCCCAAAUUAUAGAACUUCUAGCAGAAUACAAGAAACCAAUCAUAGGCCACAAUAUAUUCCUAGAUACAUUAUUAUUACACAGCCAAUUCAUAGGUCCAUUACCUAAAAGCUAUUCUGCAUUUAAAAAGAAUAUUAACAAGCUAUUUCCUAAUAUAUAUGAUACCAAAUAUAUUUCACAUGAAAUGGGCAGGAAGUUGACACUUGAUGAAGUAUGGAAGUCUAAUGCCUUACAAGAUUUAUAUGAAUUCUUCUACGAGGGUAAAUGUAAGAGGUUGCAGAAGGGUUUAAGUCAUAUUACAUUGAAUACUCCAUUUGAUGUGAAACAAUCAUAUCACGAGGCUGGUUGGGAUUCAUAUUGCUCAGGUUACUGCUUCAUCCGCCUGGGCGAGUGGUCGUCCACAGAUCACCGCGGUACAGCUCGCCCAGCAUCCCCCAAUGAAAUAAUCUCAUCUCUUUCAUCUUACUGCAACAAGGUCAACGUCAUACGAUCCGCUGUAUCUUAUAUGAAUCUUGUUGACGAAGACCCACCAAGCCACAGACCAGAGCUACUGCACAUUAGGUCUUUGAAGGAAUCAACAAUAUGUAUGAGCCAGGUAUCAUCUCUACUAUCUGGUUUCGGUGCUUUAGAUAUAAAGCCUUACGGAGCAAGAACCGCUUUGAUAGCGGCUGGAACACACAACACGGCCAACAAGUUAUUACGACAUUUCAAUCACCACGAGGAUUAUAGGAUAACUCCGUUCAAGCCUUUCAGACACUCGCCAACGGGUCGCCUCACUAUUUGGGGAAGUGCCUUAAUCACGGGAACUAUUGUCAUAUACUUCCUACAUAAAAAAGUCAACAAGUAA